UCGCUGUUCUGCUCGCUUUCAGCUGUUUUUCCGGUGACAGCAGCGGAAUGACAACAUCGACACACUCGCGGCCCUCCUUCCAUUCAAGCCGCCUUCGGCUCAACGCCGACAACAAGUGAGCGUGUUGCUCCUCACGCGCUGUUUGUGUGACGACGACAAACAACAACAACAACAACAACAACAACAACAAGAACCCGGAAGCUCAGCGCACACGUCAGCGAACAAUCCUUUCGCACGAGCUAAAGCUCGCGGACCCCGGAGCUCGAAGCUAACGCCAGGUCGUCCAUGACGUCUGCGUAGCCCGACAGCAGGACGUUCUUCUAUAUGUGCCACUGGGAGCAGCAGCAUGGCAGAUGACAAGGACGUGUUGAGGGACGUGUGGUUCGGCCGGAUCCCCGCCUGCUUCACCCUGAACCAGGACGAAGUCACCGAGAGAGAGGCCGAGCCCUACUACCUGCUGUUGCCCAGGGUGAGCUACCUGACGCUGGUCACGGACAAGGUGAAGAAGCACUUCCACAAAGCCAUGAGGGCCGAGGACGCGGAGGAGAUGUGGUUCGAGUACGAAGGGACGCCGCUGAAAUGGCACAAUCCCAUCGGAGUUCUGUUCGACCUCCACGCCUCCAACACCGUCUUACCCUGGAGCAUCACGGUGCACUUCAAGAACUUUCCGGAGCGCGAGCUGCUCCACUGCCCGUCCAACUCGGUGAUCGAGGCCCACUUCAUGUCCGGCAUCAAGGAGGCCGACGCCCUCAAGCACAAGAGCCAAGUGGUCAACGACAUGCAGAAGAAAGACCACAAGCAGCUGUGGAUGGGCCUGCAGAACGAUAAAUUCGACCAGUUUUGGGCCAUAAACAGGAAGCUGAUGGAAUAUCCCACCGAUGAAGGAGGCUUCAGAUACAUCCCCUUCAGGAUAUACCAGACGACGAGCGACCGGCCGUUCAUCCAGAAGCUGUUUCGUCCCACUUCACCUGAAGGCACCGCGCACACACUCGGAGACCUGCUGAGAGAGAUGUACCCGGUGGCUUUGCCCACCGACGGUGAGCCCAAGCGUUACCAGGUGGUGAUCCAGGGCAUCGAACCGCUGCCGGAGACGCCUCUUCAGUGGCUCAGCGAACACCUCAGCCACCCCGACAACUUCCUGCACAUCUGCGUCACGCCCGUCCCCUCCGACUGAAGGCCACGCCCCCCAACACCGCCACGCCGUCACCUUGACGACCGGCCCGCCACGCCCAAAACGGGGCGGAAAACAAACCUGAAGGGACUCUCUUAACGAGAAGGAUGAAGACGAACAAAGGAAGGGAGGAGGAGGAGGAGGCCUCCUUUUCCAUCUCGUUGUCUAUUUAUAUGUCUGACUCCUCCCCCUUUCCCCUCAGAACUCCUCUUUGAAGGACUCACAGAGAAGAAGAGGAGGUCCCCUUCCUCCUCCUCUCGGAUCAAACAAGCACCUCCCCUGGGAGGAGAGGAGGUGAACGCAUCCUGCUGAAGUUGCCUUAGUUAAACCGCGUUAUUGCAUUUUUCUUUUCUUCUUUUUUUUUUUUAAUGUGCAAGUAAUUUAAAAUGUCGCUCGCAUUAAAACAUUCGUCUGGAAUAAGAAGAGGAAACAUCACUUUGUUUUUUUUAAAAUUUUGUAUCAUUUGAAAAGAGAGAUGGCCGCUGCGUCCUCAUCUCAAUUAUUAUUGGAUGUAAACUUUCACUUUUUCAAUGUUCCUUAAAAACUCAACGGAUGAACUUAAAGGACUCGAUGCUCGUUGUUUUAUAUCGUUUCCUUGCAGAUGAAUGUCCUGCGUUUGCUUUUCAUUGUAAACUCUUUAGUUUGUGGACAGAAACUAAAUUCACUUUUUACUUUGCAGGAAAUUCAGACGGUUACUAAUCAAAUUUUUUUUUUUGUCAAUUUCUUUUUAUACAUCCGUUCAUACUCAAAUAAAAAUCACAGCAUCAACUGGAACUGAUAUCAAGAAUGACUUCUAAUAAAAGUGAGUUGAUUUAAA